AUGCGGCGCCCAAAGUAUUUCACGCCGAAGGAGGUGUCCGUUCACAACACUCUCAAAGAUAUAUGGGUGUCGUACCUGGGCAAAGUCUACGAUCUGACACCGCUGCUGGAGGAAAAUAAAGGUGAUGUGUUAUUGAAACCUAUCACAGAGUGUGCAGGAAAGGACAUCAGUCACUGGUUUGACCCAAAGACAAAGGAUAUUCUUACACAUGUUGACCCGUUGACUGGCUGCAUUAAAUACUACACCCCUAGGGGUCGCUUUUUACACAUACCCCCUCCCUGCCCUCGCACUGACUGGGCCAAUGAUUUCGGGAAGCCGUGGUGGAAGGAUAACCGCUACGAGGUUGGGCUGCUGUCUGCCAAAACACGCUGGAUCCGCAUUAUCAACACUUUAACCUCCCAAGAGCAGAUGCUGGAGGUUUGCUCGGAGGAGACUCUGGAAGAGAUUCUCCAGCGAUACCUGUGCUACAAUUCCCAUGCAGCAAGCUACACCUGGAAGCACAAUGGCGUAAAUUUGGACAUGAGCAAGACCCUGAGUGAAAACAGCAUCCCUGAAGAGGAUGAGUUUUACUGCGGAAGCCCAGAGUGUGACCUCUUCUCUCCAUCCAUAUGUCUGUAUUUCAACGACGACCUCACUGAACUCUAAAAAACGCAUGCUAUUAAUAUGAACAAUGGCAUAUAAUUCAUUAGAAUAUCCACUGCAAGCCAUUUUGAGCGAGAAGAAUACACCACAUCAACUAUUCAUGUGUUCAGUGUUUCAUCGAUUCCUGUCUGUGGUUAUCUUAUUGCAGCUCUCUGGGCUUCAUCCAAUCAAAUGCUGAGCAACAGAAUAAAAAAGAUGAAUGCCAGCCUACAUAAUAACCCCCUGAACCAUAAAGUCUGGUGGUUGCCAUGGUAAUUGCUCGGAGGAAAUG